AUGGAGUUUUGUCGCAAACGCCUUACGGAAGAAGAGGCCAACGAAUUGACCUCGGCUAUUGCCGAACGCUACUGGUAUCAAAUGUACCUGGACGAGCUCUCUCUAGUCGGGGUAGUUGGUGAAAUGCAUGACGGCAAGGCGAUGCUGUGGACUCACAAGAAGUUCGAUAUCCUCUACAACCACAACCAAAUCGUCGGUGUCUCUCUGGGCACAUCAGAUCCAAUCGAGGUUGCCGCUGAUGUUGAGGUCAUUUACACCUACGAGGUUCGUCUGACUUCUCAGCUUUGCAAGUGUUAA